AAGCAGUUCUUCACACUGGACCCUGAGAAGAAGAAACAGCAUGGCCGCCUCCUGAAGGAUGUUUUCUGACACAAGACUCGGGUCAACCACAAUCAGCUGUUGUUUAAGCUCCAGAAUAGUGUAACUCCUCUCGUAUGAGACAUGUUUCCAGAGGCGACGCGGUGCCUGAGAGCUGCGGGCAUAGGGUGGACUAAAGCCGGGUUGUUGGGGGAGGCGAGGCCGCUGACAGCACAUGGAUCCUCCCGCAGACACUUCAGCCUCCACCGCCGCCUCGCAGCCCGGGCACCUCCGCCUAAAUCGCCCCGGGAGAAAGUGCACAUCCCCGGCCUGGAGAUGAUCACGUACGCCGACAGGAUGCACUUUGUCCCCGGGCUGGCCAAACCGGAGAGGCAGGAGUGGAAGAGGGAGCACAAGGACCCGCACCAGUACCGCAGCCCGCCGCUCAGUGACAUGCCCCUGCGGAAAGACCAGCCGUGCUACCUGUUUCACCAGAGGACCAACGCCUUGGAAGGUGUACCGCAGGCCUUAUGGCUGACCAAAACCAAGCUCAUUGAUGGUCUGCCUCCUCGGCUGCUCUCAUUGGCCCAGGAUCCAGCCAAUCAGAUCCCAGAUCAGGAUGAGCGAGUAAAGAACGCCAUCAAACACGCUCGCUUCUGGGACACGACUGAACCCAAACCUGUCCGGGAAAGAUACAGUAAAGUCCUGCUCCAGAACCUGCUCCACCUGUGUGCGAGUCUGCAGCCCACUCAUCCCGCGCUCGGACGCAGGAUCCUCGCAGAACAGCACUCUCUGGCAGCCACCUGGAAAAGAGGAGAGGACCUGUUUCAGAUCCGAGGGCUGAAUGGUCUCCUGUACACCAGCAUGGACCCUCUACCGGUGCAGUCUGAGCUCCAGGACGUAGAGGGCAGCAGAGAACAUGUUCUGGAGUCAUUCUACCCUGUGUCCCCCACCAUCGACCUGCAGCAAGUCAACGUCUACCACCACGAAAAGAACUCCACAGGUUUCCGGGAGGGCUACCCAUUUCCCCAUGCCCACACGCUCUUCUUCUAUGACCAGAAGAACCAGCGCUCCUCCCUGCAGCCGGACCAGUUCAGAGCCAAGAUGGUCAUGUUUGCGUUCGGAAAUGCCUUGGCACGCGCCCACCUUCAGUAUGGGACGGAGCCCCAGACCAUGCUGGAGCACCCGAUAGUGGUCCAGGCUGUGGGCACCAACGGACGCUACUUCCACUUCCUGGUUUUCCAGCUCAACACCACGAACCUGUCAGAGGACAGCGGGGUCAAGAACUUGGUGUGGCUGGAUAAGGACCAGGAGCUGUACGAAUAUGCAAAAGUGAGACCAGUCAUCAAGAAGAAGCAAGUUGAGGUCCCGGCUGGACUGGCAGGAUACAACCCAGAGAUCUUUCAGAAGUUCCUGUCUCUGUAUCUGAAUGGAGCUGUGUAGAACUGUGCCCACUCCACAUAAAGGACAAUUCUAAAACUUUUAUACAACAAACCAACUAACCAACAGACAAGGCAGGUAGAACGCCCCAAACCUCUGGGUCAAUACAUGGACUGAAAGUAGAGUUACUGUGUAUGAGGUCGGUCAAUAAACACAUUUUGAAAUACAAA